ACUGCCCGAGCGAGGAGCGGCUCCUGGGGCUGGGCACGGGGUUGGGGCGCCCGCUUCGGGGCCCUCGAAAGGCUGCUGGGUCGGGAGCGCGGCCCGCGGCCCCGGGGGGGAAGGGGUGGGUGGGCUGAGAACAGCUCGGUGGCGCGGCCGGCCCGCCGCCCCUUCCCCCCACCCCCGUCGACCUUGUAGAAGCUUCCCGGAGCUCCCCACGCCGGCGCGAUGGCGGCUGCCGCGGAGCCCGAGGCCUCUCAGCCGACGGACGCGAGCUGGGACGGUGGCGGCGGCGGCGACGACGAGAUGAAGCAGUCGCUUCCGGAGCUUGAGUCCUCCCCACAAAAUGGCGGCGGCGGCGGCGGCCGCCUCAGCAUCGCGGAGCCGGGCGUCGGCCCCGGACCUGAGGAGACCGCAGCGGCCGAGGCCGCCCCAAGCCUCAGCCACGAGCAGCCUCAGGACCUCUCUGAGGCGGGCGCGGCCACGCUGCCCCGAGGCCCGGAAGAGCCCGAAAGACCCGUUAGGAGGAGUUUUCAGAUCCCCAGGAAGAGCAGAGAAAAGAAAGCACUUUUCCAGCCAUUAACUCCAGGCUCUCGAGAAUUUGAAGAUGUUUUGAAUAUUCUCCAUUCAUCUUACCUUGAACCAACCUCAGUAGGAAAUUUUAACUACAAACGAGCUUGCUUGAUACAUAAUGAACUUUUGGAAAAGGAGUUUACAGAAAAGCGAAGAGAACUGAAGUCUGACGGUCGUUUAGACAAAGAACUUUCAGAAUCCUAUGCAUUUCUGAUGGUUGAUCGAUACCAAGUUCAAAGCUUAUGUGAAAAAGGAUUACAGGUGGGCCAGUCCAAAAUAACAAUUCUUGGCAGUCCUUCCUUGGGUAUCUAUCUUUCUAGAUAUGCUGAUUUAUUACAGGCCAAUCCUUUGGAAGCUGGGGCCAUGGGCGAUGUUGUUAUUUUUAAAAUAAUGAAGGGUAAAAUAAAGAGCAUUUAUGACUCCAUGGGUGCAAAAAGUUUGGAACCUACAUUAAGUAAAAGUGCUUUGGAUCCAACACCAAAGCAUGAAUGCCACAUGUCGAAGAAUGCCAAUAGGAUUACAUCACUUUUGGCUUAUAGAGCUUAUGAGCUUACUCAGUAUUAUUUUUAUGAGUAUGGCUUUGAUGAGCUAAGGCGAAGACCAAGACAUGUGUGUCCAUAUGCAGUUGUGUCUUUUACUUACAAAGAUAAUAUACAAACUCCCAAGUUUGCAUCUUCAUCAAGAUCUAAUAGCUUUAAUGCAGAUAGAAACACAGAUAAAUUUAACUAUACCUUGUGGAAAGGACAGCUUUUAAAUAAAGGAAAGCUUUUGUGUUAUAUCUCUCUGAGGUCAGCCACUCGUGCUUUUUUGCCUAUCAAACUACCCGAGAAGUUAGAUGUUGAAACAGUUAUGAGUAUUGAUCAUCUGAAACAGAAAAUCCCUCCGGCGCUGUUUUAUAAGGAAACCUAUUUUGGUCCAUAUGAAGUUUUGAAGAAUGGAAUGUAUUGCAGUCUCUAUGAAGUCGUAGAGAAGACAAGAAUUGGAAGUAACAUGGAGAAUUUACUGCAAAAACUAGAAAAAGAAAAACUUGUUCUUGUUAAACCUUUGGGAGACCGAGGAUACCUUUUUCUUCUCCCUCUUUGUCAAAUGGUUUCUCCAUAUGACCAUCAAACUGCCAGGCCUCGAGUCCUACAUGCUUUGUUUCUAUUUCAAGAAUCUAGAGGCAUAGUUACUCCACAAAGAGGUUCAACCAAUGCAGCACCACAGGAAAGACAUGAGAACAUGCCAGAUGUAUUAAAAAUAACUCAGUUUUUACAAUAUGCUUUGAUUCAGUGUCGAAAGGAAUUUAAAAAUAUAAAUACUAUAAAUUUUCAUUCUGUUGUUGAGAAGUAUGUAAGUGAAUUUUUUAAACGAGGUUUUGGUUCAGGUAAACGAGAGUUUACCAUGUUUUCAUAUGACUCACGAUUAGAUGACAGAAAAUUUGUAUACUCAGCUCCCAAAAAUAAAUCCCAUAUUGAUAAUUGUUUGCAUGCCUAUAUUUUUCGGCCUGAAAUGUAUCAGUUACCUAUUUGUAAAUUAAAAGAACUAUUUGAGGAAAAUAGGAAACUUCAGCAGUUCAGUCCACUUUCAGAUUAUGAAGGUCAAGAAGAAGAAAUGAAUGGCACAAAAGGGAAAUUUGGAAAACGAAAUAACUCAAGGAUUAAAACUGUUAUACCUGGAAAACAGAAGUCAUCUCACUCUUUGGAUUAUGAUAAGGAUAGAGUCAAAGAAUUGAUUAAUUUAAUUCAGUGUAGGAAAAAAAAUGUGGGUGGGGACUCAGACAUCGAAGAUAUGAGAAGCAAAACUGUCUUGAAGAGGAAGCUUGAGGAUCUACCUGAAAAUAUGAGGAAACUUGCGAAAACCAGUAGUUUUUCUGAAAAUUGCCAUCUCUAUGAAGAGUCUCCGCAGCAUGUUGGCUCACUUGGGCAUGAUGCUGAUUUGAGACAGCAGCAGCAGGAUACCUCUAAUUCUGGCUCUACUGACAUCCACAGGCUGUUUAAUUGGCUGUCAGAAACACUAGCAAAUGCACGUCAUUCUGAUGCGUCCCUGACAGACACAGUGAACAAAGCCUUAGGAUUGACCUCUGAUGAGGCCUAUGAAGAACUGAGACAAAAGCAUGACUUUGAGUUGAACUCCACCCUGGACAAAAAAGAAUAUGAACAGUCUACUUGUGCAAAAAUUGAAAACACACAUUUUAAGGGUACUCAGAGCCCAUUGUUAGACGUUGCUAUAUCAUCUUUAAAGUAUCCUGUUGCUGUUUCUAUCAGUGAAGUAGGCAGUGACCACAAACUACAUUUGAAAGAAGACCCAAAUUUAAUUAGUAUGAAUAAUUUUGAAGAUUGCAGUUUAUGUCCCAUUAAUCCCAUUGACUAUGGAUUCCAUAGACAAUCUAAGUCAGAUGUUGAAGAGACUGAGAUACACUGGAAACUGAUUCCAAUUACAGGAGGAAAUGGAAGAAGCCCGGAAGACCAGCUGGGGAAACAUGGUGAGAAACAAGCACCAGGUAUGAAAUCACCAGAAGAACAACUGGUGUGUCUGCCACCACAGGAGGCCUUUCCUAACGACCCCCGGGUAAUAAGUAGGCAGAGAAGUUCUGAUUACCAGUUUCCAUCCUCUCCAUUUACAGACACACUAAAGGGCACCACUGAGGAUGAUGUGUUGACAGGUCAGGUGGUGGCAGUGGAGGAGCAGUGUGUGCCAGCAUCAGAACCGCCUGCAGUGAGCGAAACCACAGAGAGGACAGUUUUAGGAGAGUAUAAUCUCUUUUCUAGGAAGAUAGAAGAGAUUUUGAAGCAAAAGAAUGUUUCAUAUGUCAGUAAGAUUUCUACACCUGUAUUUUCAACACAAGAGAAGAUGAAACGGCUCUCUGAGUUCAUAUAUUCUAAGACUUCCAAAGCUGGUGUACAGGAGUUUGUAGAUGGCUUGCAUGAGAAACUAAAUACUAUUAUUAUCAAAGCAUCAACUAAGGGUGGGAAUUUGCCACCAGUCAGUCCUAAUGAUUCUGAAACUAAGAUAGCAUUGACUCCUCUGGCGAGGCAUGUCCUACCGGUGUCUUCAAGUGACUUCAACCAUAAACACUUCCUUGAGCCACUUUGUAGCGAUACUUUGAAAGACACCAUCUCUAAUGAGCAACAUUCCUCUUCGACUUUGGGUUUAACUGAAGAAGAAUUGAACCAGCCACAGCAUGUCACAGAGCUGAUGGUGACUUCCGAUCACACUGUACCUGGUGAUAUUGCCCGGGAACCAGUAGAAAAGGAAACAACAAAAUCGCCCAGUGAUGUAAAUAUUUCUGCCCAACCAGCUCUUUCAAAUUUUAUAAGCCAGCUAGAACCUGAAGUAUUUAACAGCUUGGUUAAAAUCAUGAAAGAUGUCCAGAAAAAUACUGUGAAAUUUUACAUUCAUGAAGAAGAGGAGAGUGAGCUCUGUAAAGAAAUAAAGGAGUAUCUUAUCAAAUUAGGCAAUACAGAAUGUCAUCCAGAACAGUUUUUGGAAAGAAGAUCAAACUUAGAUAAACUAUUGAUUAUUAUUCAAAACGAAGACAUUGCAGGUUUCAUCCACAAGGUACCUGGCUUGGUGACUUUAAAGAAGCUCCCCUGUGUUAAUUUUGCUGGUGUGGAUAGCCUGGAUGAUGUUAAAAAUCAUACAUACAAUGAAUUGUUUGUAUCUGGAGGUUUUAUUGUGUCUGAUGAAUCCAUUCUAAAUCCAGAUGUUUAUACAAUUGAGAGCCUUAAAAAUUUUUUGACAUUCCUUGAAGAACUUAGUACUCCAGAAGGAAAAUGGCAAUGGAAAGUCCAUUGUAAAUUUCAAAAAAAACUAAAGGAACUGGGCAGAUUGAAUGCUAAAGCACUAAGUCUGCUGACGCUUUUGAAUGUCUAUCAAAAGAAACAUCUAGUUGAAAUUCUGUCCUACCACAACUGUGACUCACAAACUAGAAAUGCUCCAGAAUUGGACUGCCUUAUCAGACUGCAGGCUCAGAACAUACAGCAGAGACACAUAGUCUUUUUAACAGAAAAGAAUAUCAAGACGCUUUCAAGUUAUACAGAUAAUGGAAUUGUCGUUGCAACUGCAGAAGACUUUAUGCAAAACUUUAAAAAUCUUGUGGGCUAUCACAACUCACUCACAGAGGAAAACCCUCCACUGCUUGGUGCUAAUGAGAAUCUUGAGUCACAGUCAGAUGCUGUAUUGACAUUAACCCCUUUGGAGCUGGGAGUUGGGAUUUCCCAACAUUAAACGUGAACACAUUUCGCAGAAGCUUUUAGCAUCGGAUUAUCUGGACAUUCACACCUAGUGUGAGUGUUGUGACUAAGUGAACUUGUGGCAGAAGACCAAGCUUUAAGGGAUUGUGGACUUGCAGACCCUGACGCAUUAUAUUGUGUGAGUAGUGUAUAAUUUUAAAACUUAAACAAAUUGUGUAUUUCAAUAGAGGAGGACUUUUUGUUUUUUAAAUGUAGCUCUUUUAGAAAACGAUGGAAAGGAUGAAGAGGAUAUGUCUCUGGAUUCAGGGGAUGAAAUCUCACAUAUAGAAGUAUGCAGCAAUUUUCAUUCAGAAAUAUUGGCGAAAGAGACCAAAGGAUCACGUGGAACAGAUCAAAAAAAGAAUAUUCAAAUUGAAUUGCAAUCGUCUCUUGACGUGCAAAAAAGUUUAUUAGAAGAUAAGACUUAUCAAAUUGAUUUUGAAGAGAGAGCUUCUAUCGAUAAAGUAUGCUCUGGAGGAGAGAACAGCAAUUCAUCUGAACAAGAUUCAUAUAGCAACUUUCAGGUUUAUCACAGUCAAUUAAAUAUGUCCCACCAGUUUAGUCAUUUUAAUGUUCUCACUCAUCAGACAUUUCUGAGGACACCAUAUGCCCUUUCAUCAAGUCAGUGUCAAGAAAGUGAAAAUUACUUUGUAUCUGCUUAUACUCAAAGCUUGGAUAGAGAGAAAUCUCCAUCUCCCUUAAGUUGGAAAAGUGGUUCUUCCAGGCCAUAUUCAAAAGAGAAAUAACUUUUUUUUGAAAUAGGUUAUGGACUUUUUUCUGUUUCUUAAACGUGAAUUAACAAUUUAUAUUUCAUUCUUUAAAAGGUUUCUUGUCCUUGUUUUUUUCCCUCUUUAUUUAAAUCAUGAUAGCCUGUAACAGUUGAAGCAUCUGAAAAUUGAAAUAAAUAUAUAUAUAUUUUUAACAUAUAUUGUACUUGAAUUAUCUCAUGUUGGCACUUUGAAGUUCUACAUUUAUAUGCCACCUGCACUUAGGCUGCAGACGGAAGCCUGUUUUUUAGAUAUAGGUCUAGAUAUUUGCAAAAGGGUAAUACAUAGCAAUGGCUUUUUUCUUUCCUAUGUUGGGUAGUAACUACUUUUGCUGAAAUGACUAUCAACUAUUGUAUUUUUGAUUUACACUUUUGUAGUGUUUUUAUACAGGUAUAAGACAGCAAUGUUUGGUACCUCAAGAGUUACCUAACAGUGCUGUUUCAUUUAGAUGAUAAAUGUAUAUAGACCGUAAUGCCAAGCAGCAUUAUUUUUUAUCCUCUUAGCAUUAACCAUGUAAAAAUUACCUGUUGCUGAAAUUUUGGUCAACCUUUUAUUUGAAAGCAUUUGAUAAUUAUGAUUUCUGACUGAACCAAAUUCACUUUGAUAUUUUAAGAGAUUUUUGACAACUUGGGACAAAGUAUUUGUGACGGUCGUAAGCACUUAAAUGUCAAUGUGUUAUGUACUAAAACAAAAUUCACAGAACAUUCAGAUAACUGACUUGUAAACGAAAACUGUGCUAAAGUUAGAGAAUAGGAAUUUUCACAUAAGCCUAUGGGUUACAAGUUGGGAUGUGUAAAUAAAGUUAGACUUGUGGCGCUUAAAAGGGACCUGGAAGAGUUCUACCCUUUCAAAUGUUUUUAUGGAACAAAAGAACAUUAUGUAUUUUAAUUUAUAAGCUUCAUAAAAAGUGAAAGAAUGUUGUCUGUUAACAGGGCAAAAAGUCCAGACUGAAAGGUAAGUAAGUAGAAUGUGUUUUUUCAACUAAGCCUUUACAAAAGUGAUUUAUUAUAAAUAUACAAAAAAAAAAAAAAAAAGUUUUACUACAUAAUGUACAAGUUUUGAAUAAUAAAUCUAGCCUGUCUGAAAUAUAAAGUUAAGCAACAAGCACACUUUAUAAUUUGGAAGACAAAUGUGAACGAUUUGAUAUUCUACAUUGAAAAUGAAGGACUAAAAUUCUCCUCUUGAUUUGCAGCUAAAGGCAUGAGGUUAGUUUCCAACUCUCUCUGCUUCUGGAGAAGGCCCUGAAAUCAUAUUGAUAUGUUUAGUAAUCUUCAACAAACUUGCAAAUUAUUCCCCUUUCACAUUCCUGUCUUGUUUUUUAAAGAUAUGUUAAGAGCUCAGAUACUUGCUCACAGCUUAAAAUGUAUGUUGUUGAAUUUAAUCACACACAACUUUGCAUAUUCACCAAUUGGGAUGACUUUUCUUAAAGCCAAGUCCCUAUGUGGGGUUCAGAACCCCCUGCACCCUAAAUGCUGUGACAAACAUGGGUAAUCUCCAUUAAGCGAGAAGUAUAAAAAAAAACAAAACAAAACAAAAAAACCUUUGAUUUUGAGUUAGAUAAAACUAAAGUGGAGUUGGCAAAUAAGAGCACAGUGAAAGAAAAAUACCUGUAGGAUCAAUUUUCGAGCCAUUUUUUUUUUUCCUCAAGCCAGGCAAUUGGCAAAAAAAAGUUAGAGCCUUAAAAUAGGAAAUGUUUACCUCAGCAAAUCACAAUAAUUGGUCUGGUAAGGUUAUAAAUUUACAGUGAAUUAUUCUCUGGGACUUGCGUCAAUGUUUUGUUUCAGACACUGCCAUUUUUUUUUUUUAAACCAUGAACUGCUUUUAGUGAGAACUUAUUAAAGCAUAAUUGUGUAUUUUUCUGCCCAUUUUUAGGGCGUUAUUGAUCAUGUAUGUGAUUUUCGUUCAAUAAAAUUGUCUAAAUAUUUGAUC